GAACUAGAAUCCGAAGGCAAUAAACAUGAACAAGGUACUGUUCUUCCUUGCAAUUUUGCUAUUAGAAUCUGAAUCUGGAAUACUGUAUCCAAAAGCUAACUCAGUUCGGGAAGUACUUUCCUUGGAUGGCCUUUGGAAGUUUUCUCUGGUUAACUCUGAUACGAAAAGCUUCACAUUGGCUGAUAACGAUGAAGAUAUAGAGUUUAUGCCUGUACCUGCAAGCUACAACGACAUAUCCACAAAUUUAAAGGUUAGAGAUUAUGUGGGAGAGGUUAAAUAUCAAAGAAACUUUGCUGUACCCAAAUCCUGGGAAGACAGGAAAAUUUGGUUGAGGUUUGGAUCCGUAUGUUACUCAGCUAAAGUGUAUAUAAAUAGUGAGUUGGCCCUGUCCCAUGAAAUCGGUCACUUGCCAUUCGUCGGAGACGUGACGUCAUAUUUAAAUUUCGAAAAUGAAAAUAAUAUCACGGUCAUAGUCAACAACAUACUCACUACUACCACAAUUCCACAAGGAAGUCUAUCAACUUUGCCCGGUGGGAGAGUAAGACAGAGAUAUACCUUCGACUUUUUUAACUAUGCCGGCAUUGAUAGGCCUGUAGUCCUCUAUACGACAGCACAAACUUACAUAGAUGACAUCACCCUUCAUACCACAGUGAACGGAACCACAGGUAUUGUUCAAUUCCAAGUGACUGUAACAGGAGAGGACACUUACACCAGCAAAAUAACUGUCAUAGAUCAAGACGGAAAAGACAUUGCAACAAACGAAAAAACAUUAGAUGGUUCUUUGGUUAUCCCAAAUGUGAAUUUGUGGUGGCCUUAUUUGAUGCACGACAAUCCAGGGUACCAGUACACGUUUCGGGUAGAACUUUUGGACAGCUCCAAUAAAGUAAUCGACAAGUACGACCAACGUUUUGGAGUAAGACAACUCUCUUGGGACAGCACCAGUUUUAAAAUAAAUGGAAAAAACAUCUACAUCCGCGGUUUCGGACGUCACGAAGACUCAGACAUUCGCGGUAAAGGUUUAGAUCUUCCUCUUAUCGUGAGAGACCACAACUUGAUCAAGUGGAUCGGCGCUAACUGCUACAGGACCUCCCAUUAUCCUUACGCCGAAGAGAUCAUGGAUUUGGCGGACAGUCAAGGGAUCAUGAUCAUUGAUGAGGUACCAGCGGUAAAUACAGACAACUUCAGUGACGAACUUUUAGAAAACCACAAGAGGUCUAUCACAGAAAUGAUCAAGAGAGAUAAGAACAGACCAAGCGUCAUAAUGUGGUCGGCAGCCAAUGAACCUAGAACUGCCCAGGAGUCGGCAUCAGCUUACUACAAUCAUGUUAUAACCCAUGUAAAAGCCUUCGAUAGAACACGUCCUGUGACAGUAGUGAAUCUUGUCGAGGCUGGUGCAGACCAUUCUGGUCAGUAUUUGGAUAUUUUAAGUAUGAACAGGUACGAUGCCUGGUACAGUUACGAGGGUGAUUUAGACGUUAUUGUACCGGAUUUUGUUGCUGCAGCUAAAGCUUGGCACAACAAACACAACAAGCCUGUAUUGGUUACUGAAUACGGAGCUGACACAUUGGAAGGGUAUCACUCGUUGCCAGCGUUUAUAUGGUCCGAGGAAUUUCAAAAUGAACUGUUAUCUAAUCACUUCAAAGCUUUUGAUCAGCUGCGUGAGGAGGGUUGGUUUAUAGGCGAAAUGAUUUGGGUUUUCUCCGAUUUUAGAACAGAUCAAGCUGUUAGAAGAGUAGGGGGCAAUAAAAAAGGACUUUUCACUAGACAGAGGCAACCAAAAUCGUCAGCACAUUUGAUGAGAAAGAGAUUUUGGCACUUGGCCCAUGAACUGGACAAUGCAACCUUACCUGGGGAUUUGGACAAUUUUGUUAUCGACAAAUCCUCACAAAUUAAGGAUGAACUAUAAAAUUUAAAAAAAUAAUUGCUUUACAAUUUUAGUUUUGGUAACUAAUUUCUAAUAAACGUUUGUUAGAAGUUA